UCCCCCUUGAACAACUCCUGGCCCUCUUUCUCCAAGCUCUGGAUGAAACGGUGGUCCUUCAAAAGAGGGUCGGAAGGUAAGCCAUGUGCCCCACCUGCAACCCUGGGCUCGGGGACAGAGUCUUCCUCCUCCCUCUCCCCUUCAUCCAUCGCAGAAGAUGUUUUCUUCACUAGCCUGACAGAGGAACAGAGUCCCAGCUCAACAGAGAGUGACUAUGAGAACCCAGGGCAGGACGUGGACAGCAGCACAGAGGACCUCCUCAAUCUCGACGCGUCUCUGAGAGACUCCGAGUUCUUCAGGGACCUUCAGCCCGAGCCUGUGACCAGCCAGGGGCCGCCCACCACAGCCCUGUCCAUCGUCAUCACCCCCGUAGGCGAGCACACGCUCAACCCGACGCUGCACGUGUACCAGAUAGUGGACCAGGGCUCUCGUACGACAGACCCCGCAGCGUCCAGCUACGGCCAGCUCAACUGGCAGUUCAGCAGCAACAUGGAGCAACAGCACAGCGACGCGGAGGAGCCCACCGUCACGGUCAACACCACGGUGCAGCUGGGGGACCCCGAGGCCCCUGAGGCCCCUACGGCCUCUGAGCCCCUGGACUACUCGGACCCAGAAAACCCAGACAACAUCCCCAUGCUGGUGCGCUCCAUGUCCACGUCGCGCAGACACAGCUGGGGGACGCCAGUGUCCCCCAUAGACUUGGGUAGAAGACUUAGCCUGGACACCUCCGGAAUAGACAGUGAUGGGGAGUCAACACACCACCCGCAAUUUGUUUUCCCAGUAUGCCCUGAGGACGUUGGAAAUGACACUGCAUUGCAGGAGGAAUCUGACAGUACUGGGAGGACCCUGUGUGCAAAGUCUGACAUGCUGGCAUCAGAUGAGAGGUCCAGGGCAGCACGUGUGUCCCGAAUCCUGGAAACUUCAAGCCAGGCUGCCAAGGCCUCUGGAGAGGAGCAGGACUUAGAGGAUCGUCUCCAGUCUGAAGAGGGACAAAGUCACCUGCUGAUGGUACAGAAAGUUCUCCAAGAGCUUAAGCAGUACCAUGGUGCCAAGUCCAAGAAUAGGAGCUCUGACCAGAAACCGUGUGGAAGUGUCACCUGGUAUGAAUUCCUCUCAAAUGAACCUGAAGAGGAAGAAGAAAAGACAGAGAAAUCAGAGAAGGGUACAAAAGUCAAGCGGACACUGAGCUCGCUGAGGAACCGAAUGACCGGCUCGUUCAACAAAGACAAGGGUAAGAAUCGGGAGAAAGAGAGAGAGCAGCAGAAAGAGAGGGGGAAAGAGAGGGAGAAAGACAGAGAAGAGAAAGAAAGGGGAAAAGGGCGACGAGGCAGCACUAGUGGCCACCAGCUUGUGCCUGGCUCGUUCUCCACCUAUGCCACCUGCUCACUGUGCAGCAAGACUCUGCAGGGGAAGCAUGGCAUGCAGUGUCUGAACUGUGCUGUGAACGUCCACAAGAGCUGCAAGAGUCUGCUGGCAGAGUGCAGUAGCAGUAAACACAAGUUCAGAGAAUCUGUGAAGACCAGUGGCCCAGCACAAACCAUCAAGGACCAGCCCUGCGCCGGGACCUCAUCCCACCACCAACACCAGUCGCCUCAGCAGCAGCAGCAGCAGCAGCAGACGGUGACGACAACGACUCUGCACCCCUGGGCCGCCGAUGGCUCCUGCCGGCCUCCACGCGCCCCAGGCAUGACCAUCACCCCGAGAGGACCGAGCGCCACCACCAGCAACUCCACCCUCAACCACUGCAGCAGCUCAGGAUCUCUUCCAGGAGAGAUGGAUGAAACGGAAGGCAGGAUUAAGCGAUUCGCUGAGGACACGGUCUCCCUGGCCCCCUCUACCACCGAGUCCAUCAUCGUAGACGAAGACUACUUUGCUGGGGUGCGAGUGGACCUGGAGGCUGACGCGCAGGACUAUGAGCUGGAGUCGUGGAGCCGGGCCGUGGAUCAGCAGUAUCUCAAGACCCACUCCAAGGAGGCCAUCAAACGGCAGGAUGUCAUAUUUGAGCUGAUCCAGACGGAGGUGCACCACGUGCGGACGCUGAAGACGAUGCUGCGUGUGUACCUGCACGAGCUGAGGGACGCGCUGCACUCACAGGAGCGCCGCCUCUUCCCUCGGCUGGAGGGGCUGCUGGAGCUGCACACGCACUUCCUGUCCCGCCUCAAGGAGCGCCGCAGCCAAUCGCUGCAGCCGGGCAGCGACCGCAACUACAACAUACCCCGGUUGGCAGACAUCCUCGUGUCUCAGUUUUCUGGUGAGAGUGGCGAGAGGAUGAAGGAGUGCUACGGCGAUUUCUGCAGCCACCACAGCGAGGCCGUCAGCUUCUACAAAGAGCAGCUGCAGAGCAACAAGAAGUUCCAGAACCAGAUACGGAAAAUUGGAAACUUGUCCAUCGUUCGUCGGUUAGGAGUCCCAGAAUGCAUCCUGCUGGUCACGCAGCGCAUCACUAAAUACCCUGUACUGGUGGAGCGCAUUCUGCAAAACACAGAAGCGGGCAGUGAGGAGCAGGAGGAGCUGACGCGGGCGCUGGGCCUGAUCAAGGAGGUGAUCACGCAGGUGGACACGCAGGUCAGCGACUACGAGAAGGCGUCGAGGCUGCGGGACAUUGCCAGCAAGGUGGAGCCCAAGUCGCACGGCAAGAUCAAAGAUGGCCGCGUGUUCCGCCGCGAGGACCUGGCCCAGGGCCGCCGCAGGCUCCUGCACGAGGGGACCGUCAACUGGAAGGCCGCCUCUGGGAGGCUUAAAGACAUUUUGGCAGUCCUGUUGACUGAUGUCUUGAUACUGCUGCAAGAGAAGGACCAGAGAUUUGUCUUCUCCACUGUGGACAACAAGCCGUCGGUGAUCUCACUGCAGAAGCUUAUUGUGCGGGAGGUGGCGCAUGAGGAGAAGGCCAUGUUCCUCAUCUGCGCCUCCUCCAAUGAGCCCGAGAUGUACGAGAUCCACACCACCUCCAAAGAGGAGCGCAACACCUGGAUGACUCACAUCAGACAGGCUGUGGAGAGUUGCCCUACCACCGAGGAGCGGCUCUUCAGUGAGGAAGAGGAGGCCCGAGCUGUCAGAUUCAAAGAGUUCCAAGAGCGCCUGAACUCUAAAGACUCCCAGAUCAGCCAGAUCCUGACGGAGAAGCUGGAGCUGUUUGCGGACAUGGCCGCGUCGGUGGGCACCGCGGAGGACGCCGGCUCACGCUCCCGCCUGCUGCUGCGCGGUGAUACCUCCGACCUCCAGCAGGGGGAGCAGCUGCUCAAGGGAGCCAUCACUGAAGUGGAGAACCUGCAGAACCUGCUGCUGUCCCGCGUGAGAGAACCAGCUCCACGGUCGGAAGAGAGCCAGGGCUCGGGCGUCCUCCCCAGGAGGGCGGACACUUUUGGGGGCUACGACAGCAGCCCCUCCAUCCUCCAGAAGAAUGGCGGCGUGAAGAAGACCAGUGGAGGCCUGAAGUCCAGAGAGAGGAGUCAGAGGGCCAGCUCUGACCCCCAGCUCAAGGAGCUCAAGGAGCUCUGUGGCAGCCAGGGCCUGGCCGAGUCUUCUCCCCCCCUCUCACAGGUAGAUGGGUCUUCUCCCGCCAGCUGGAACCCAUCGUGGACCAGCUCCUUCCCAGAGUCUGAGCAGUUCCUCCACAAAGUGCUUCAACUGUCCCAGAGGCUAUACAGUCUGCAGGCGAUCGUGGCGCAGCAGGACAGCCACCUGGAGCUGCAGCGGGCGUCGCUGAGUGAGCGGGAGCGGCCCGGCGGCGGCCGCCACCGGCUGGCCAACGUGCUGCUGGAGCAGGAGAAGCAGCGCAACCUGGAGAAGCAGCGCGAGGAGCUGGCCCACUUCCACAAGCUGCAGAGCCAGCACCGCAAGGAGCAGGCCAGCUGGGAGCGGGAGCGCGAGCGGCACCGGCGGCGCGAGGCCGAGGCCGAGGCGCGGCUGCAGCGGCGCGAGGACGAGUGCCGGCGGCUGGAGGCGCGGCUGGCCGAGGAGCGCGAGGAGCUGGAGCGCCAGCGGCAGACCUACCAGGAGGACCUGGAGCGCCUGCGCGAGUCCACGCGCGCCGUGGAGCGCGAGAAGGAGCGCCUGGAGCAGCAGAAGAAGCUCAAGAAGCACAACACGCUGCCCAGCGGGGCCAGCGCCGGCCUGUUCGCCGGCCAGGAGGCGGGACAGCACCUCCCAAUGUCGUCCAGCUUUAACGGGGAGCUGCUGCUAGGCAUGGGGCCGUCGGUGGACCCGGCGAUGCCGCCCAAGCCCCUGGUGCGCUCCAGCCUGUCCAUCUCCCCGGCCGACUACGCCGAGCGGCCCGAGGUGAAGCCGGCGGUGGCGGGCAAGAGCUCGGAGGUGCCCAUCCACUUGAUCAGCACCACCAACCAGCUGCACAAGCAGGGCGCUGUCCAGCAGCAGAUCCCCACCAAGCUGGCUGCCCUCAGCAAGGGCAAGGAGAAGGGUGGCAAGGGCAAAGGCUCGCACCGCACCGAGAGCUCAGCCUCCGUAGACAUGAAGCAGAUGCUGCCCAUGAAGCUCUCGGCACGGGACGACAGCUCGCUGAGAGCCAAGCGCUCCAUCAGCCCCAGCCACCAGAUCCACAUCCCGCUUGCAGAACCAGCGAACCCUCCAGAAGUCUACUAUGAGCCCCCGCCGCCUCCCCCACAGCCCCUCCACCCCAGCAUCACACACAGGCCCCCCAGCCAACUGCAGAACCUGCCCCCGCCCCCAUACAAAAUCACGGAGGACGUCACCAAGGAGGACGUCAUCUUCUUCUGAGGAUCCUGCAAGCUUCGCGCCCGUCGCAAUGCAUCCUGGGACCAAAGGGAGGCCCGGGCAGGAGCCGUGUAAAGCACACAAGCACAUGCAGCAUUCUUUUAAGAACAUCUUUUUUUUUUUUUUUUUUUAAACAAAAACUACAGUUUUAUUCCUCCCUCAAACUAAUGCCACAAACUAGACUUUUGGGAGGGAGGGGGAGAGAGACAUUUUAAAAUCAAACGUUUCAUUUUGUGCGAAGAUGAUGCAGGAAGAUAAAAGAGAACAUUUUUAGAUGUAGCUGUUUAAUUAGAGAUGAUGUCAGGCAGAAUCCAAAGACUUUUAAAAAAAAAGUGAUGAAGGAAAAACAAAGGAAGGCCAGACUGAGGAGGAAGAGGACUACCACGAUGAUGAAGGUUCAGGGUGAUGAAGAAAGACCGUCAUUGUGAGCAGGUGUUUCUCAAGUUUGAGUGUGACACGAGUGUUUCAAAGGAAGGCGAGAGGGAGGAGAGACCCUCGGCAAUGGGUGGCUUUACCUCCCACCAUGGAGGUGGAUGCUUUGCACUCUGCAAAAUAUCCAUUUAAUGGCACAACAUGUGGUGUCAUUCAUUUGUUUUCUUUCUGUCUUGUUUUGUUUUUUUUGUAAGCUGGGCUGUGUACAUUUCCAAUCAAAGCUUAAAAGCAGUUGUGUCGCUCUGCUGUUUCAAAAAAAAGAAGGAAAAAAAAAACACUGAAGAAUGGAGUAUUCUUUCGGGGUUUUAAUUUGCUGAACACUGUGGCGCUUUCUUUGCACACACACACACACACACACACACACACACACAAGCAAGCAACAUGCUGUUUUAUGCAUUUCAAUUUCACUGCUGGAAAUUCUACAGCAGUGCACUUGCCCCUGUGGAGCCUGUUCUCAUCUUAUCUUCUCUUCAAGGAGGAUCUUUUCUCUAACUCUUCGCGUUAAGUACACAUCCGUUUUGUGAAUGGCUCAUGUGAUCAUCAUGAUGGUGAUGUCUUCAGUUGUUUGUCUUCAGUGGUCACACAUUUCAAACAAAGGUUUUGGGGAGUUUAAAAACGUGAAGGUUUAAUUAAUGUCAUAAUGCUGUAAUCGCUACGGGAUCAAAUUCUUAAUUCUGUGGUUAUGCUGUGAAGAUCCUCUCCUGCAGUGGCUGAGGGGCUGUUUUUUUAAGCCUGUAAGCAUCAAAGAACCUAAACGCCAGAGACCCUGACCAUAAUGAAUGACUAAAUUCAGAGCUUCAGAUUCAGAUAUGUACUAGAGCUGGAUAAUCAACCUUAUGACAACAAGCACAUGACGUAUGAACUCCUGGUACACCUUCAAACUGUUGCUGAAGAGUUGUAUGUUCUCUAGUGCUGAGUUUCCUAAAAGCACCAACAGCAAGUCUCAAGACUGAACAUCUUCGCGGAUCAAAACCUGUUGCACUGUAUAUAUGAUCUGCUCUGCUGUGGUUUUAUAGGUGUUGUCAUGUCAAUGUUCUCAAGCUAAGAUAAGUGCCUGAAGGCCAUGAUAGUUAGGUGACUAGCAGGAUGGACAGGUUUCACCGAACAAUUAUCCUCUGUGUGGUGAUGGUGUAUUAAGUCUUUAUGGGGGAAAAUCACUGUAUCCCUGUGAUGUGUAUAUACUGUACUUUGUAAGCUCCUCAUGCAUCCUUAAGUGCAUGGUCACGUGGUGAAGCUACCUUUCAUGAAGGGAUGGGGAAUGUAUGUGAGAGCUAUUUUUGGUUAGAGGUUUUAAGUCUGAAGUCUGUUUUAAAGUCAGAGGAAAACUAUGCUAUGUGUAGUGAACUGUAUCCUGUGUUUUAGGUUGUUUUGAUGUUUGAUUAUUUUUAGAGGACUGUGCAUUGAUGUCGCUUAAUAACAUUUCGAGACGGGAGUGGGCUCUGGAUGUUCUUUCACUGGUCAUACAUUUUUAAUGUUGACUGAUCAAAAAUGAUUCUCCUCACAUUUCAGUCGACUGACCAAAGAGACCACACAAGACCUAAUAGAGUCUUUUUUUACCCCCCCCCCCCCCCCCCCUCCCCUUGUAUAUUAAGUAUAUUAUUACAGAAGAACCCUAAAGCCCUGGUCAUGUAACGCCACCGUGCCCGACCUUGGUAAUCCUCUGUUAGAUAAGAGUUUUAACACUCCCUCAGCACACACCAUUGUGCGCCGUCUCCGAGACUCCCAUCAGGUGCAGGAGAGGCUGAGUGAGCAGGAUUGGAGCGUUGGAUUAGAACACUGGCGCUCGGCUGGACUCUGGAGGCGGUCGAGGCCCCUCUGGCCCCUGAUGGUGGAGAAUGUGCUUUUUGAAAUGCCAGUCAAGAUGGACCCUUUGAUCAGCGCACUGAGCAGCUGAGCACUUUAGAUGUGUCCAGGAGCCUCCCCCACCCCCCCAAUCCCCUUCCAAAUGCCCCAGCCCCACCUCACCCAACCCUUCAAGUCCGAAGAUUCUGCACGCUGGGUGAAGACGUCUUAAACCUGUCUGUGAUUGUACCGCCACUGGCCACUUGAAUCUCUGAUGUCUUAUGAAGAAGAAGAAGACUAUAUUAUUUGGUAGCAGCCUCCUGUCUGUCACUGUGUCUGUUUCAGUGGAGCUUGCUUGUUGAAGGGUUAUCUGUAGAAAAAUGUGUUGGUUUUACCUCAAGGUAUGCUUUGAGGACCUUGUGUAAUGUGUAAAUAUCGCUUUGUUUUUGCAUACCACCAAUUUACACUAGUCACUUUUUUUGGAUAGUAGCAAACUUGAAGGGGAAGCCGAUAUUAAUAACAAAGUAUUUUGGUCGUGAUUUGACUGAGGUUUGUAGCACGCCGGGCAAUGAUUUGUUUUCUACUGUUAUUUUGCAUCACUCCAAAACAUAGAGAUCUGUUGACACACAACUGCUGCCUUAGGAAAAAAAAUAAUUUUAGUAAUAAAAUGUCUUCAAGAAACUUGA